AUGUUUGUGCAAAACAAGACGACUCCGUUAUUAAAGGCAUGUUACUACGAAAGGAGCAUAUGUUCGAUUCACUUCGAAUCUUCAUGCUUUGAGAAAUCCCUACAACAACAACUAUUGGGGUAUUCUCCAGUAAAAGUACGCAAAUUGCGAUCUGAUGCAAUUCCCACGUUAUAUUUAUGUAACGAGUCACCGAUUGUGACAAAUAUACCAUCACUCAUCGCCGUUAAAGAGUUAGAUACAUUGUACAUCGACAAUGUACCAGAAGUGGAUAGUAUUGUUAAUGCAACACCAAUAACGUCAACUGCUACAACGGACCUAUGUAGCCGCGCUGAUGAUGUCAAUUCCAUACAAAAUCUGCAAUGGGAAUUAGCAGAAAUGAAAAAGAAGUUACAGAAGUACGAUGAGAAAGAGAAAUUGGACAGUGGCAAUCAUCAACAGCAAAUAACCGCGUUGAAGGAAAAGCUAGCAGAGUACAAGCAACAACAGAAUCGGGAGCAUGAAAUGUUCAAAGCAAAGAUGUACGACAUACUAAGCAAAGUUUUCACGCCAGGGCAAAUUCGAUCAUUGCUGAAUCCAUCCAGAAAACGCGUGACAUGGUCUUCCGAGGACAUAGCCAGUGCUUUGUCGUUGAGAAGCGUUAGUCCGAGAGCAUAUCGAUAUUUGCGGAACAUUAUGAAAACGCCUCUCCCUGCGCUUUCAACUCUUAGAAGGUGGGCAAGUAAUAUUAAUAUAGAGCCUAGUAUUAUGAAUGCAGUGCUUGAUUGCAUGAAGGUUAAAGGGAAAAGCAUUCCGGAUUUCGAAAAACUGAAAUGUUGCGACAAUAUGGGCGAAGUGCACAUAGUACAGGAUUCAAACUGCACCAACGUACACAUGGAGUCAAUUGGGUACAUCUAA